AUGUUACUAGGAGCCAGUCCGGCUAAUUUCACAAGAGAGGAUCAUGAACCUGUCACUUGUACACUAUGCCCUGUGAUGGAAACAUUUGAGCUUCCCGGAGGUCGCUUUGCUCGUGAAGUGAAGGUUUUGUUGUCAGCCCUUCUUGGUGUCGAUGAGGAGUCUAUUGAGCUUUACGUUAAGGAAGCUCAAGGCUUCAUCGCUGUUUCCGAUGAGUCUUGUGGCAUUAGAGAUUACUACAUUUUGCUGCGUCUUCGUGGUGGUAAGGGAGGAUUUAGGAAACAACUUGAGAAGAAGGGCAGAUCCUACGCAAGGGCAAGAAGAUUGCGGGAGGCAAAUCAAUCUGGUCCUCGUCCAAAGCGGGUAAAGGAGACAGUAAAGGUUGUUGAGAAAAGUGUGGGUGAUAAUAAAACUCAGACUGGUGAAGGUGAAUCUAUGAAAUCCGACACUGCUCAGGUUUUCACAAGUAUUGAUACAAAGACUCGAAACGCCGUUCUUCUGGGAGUGAAAAAGGUCCUUGAAAAAUUGACUCCUGUCGAAUGCUGA